GGCAACCCUUAUUGAGAGGAGGAAAGCAUGGACUAGACCUAUGACGAAGAGGAUGCACUCCCAUGUUCUAGUUUGAAGUUAAUGUUUAGUGUUCUUUGCUGGCCAUAGUGUUUUCACCGGUUAGUACGAAUAAAGUAUGCCGAUAUCCUAAAGCAAUUGGAAGAAGUGUAUUUUGUAGUAGUACCUCCGGUUGGACGCCGGCACAGUGAAAACACUCAGCACCACACGAUUGAUUAGUCUAGUUAGACGUCUACUGCCUAGCACUGCAGCUAGAGAAGUUAGUUAGCCUACACAUACGUUACCAACCCUGCUUAGCCUACUACACAACGUACGGUACAGCAGACAUGCCUAGGCCUAGAGUACAUCACACUCGACAGGCCGAGUCAAUGGCAAGGGAUAGUGUCCUGCAAACAACAGAAACGCUAUCCUCUCAGAGGAAUACAACCAAAACAGUCAUAGAAAAUUAAAUGACUUACCAGAUUCUAUCGAAGUAAUUAAAAAGGCCCUAAUUGAAGCCAGAAGCAUUAGAGGACGCUAUGGUUCGACCUGGUACGACUUGGAAGAGGCCUACAUCAUGGGUGGAAACUUAAUCCAGGAAGAACAUGACAGCAUGCAGAACGUUUAUGUUCUCCAAUGUAAAUAUGUUGAUGACAUUGUUAAGACUGAAACAAGAUUAGACAACCUAAUGGCAGAAUUAGCAUCCAACUACUCAGUCAAGGCAAUGCACACUUCACUUUCUCGGAGAUCGAAGAAAUCAAAGUCAAGUUCUAGCCAGAUUGCAGAGCUACUGGCUAAUGCGGAAGCUGCGGAAACAAGAGCCAGGUAUGAGAAGCAGAUAGCUGAAAAAGAAGCUGAGUUGCGGACUCUCAAAGCCGAUAGUGAAGCUGCUGUCCUGAGAGCUAAAGCAAAUGCCUCCUCUGCAGUCUUCACAGAUGAAGGUUUGUAUUAUCAACCACAAACAACUCCCGACCAGACCUCGAACGAUCACGCUUUACUUUUCCAGAAACAUGCACAUGACCAGAACGAAACACAUCAGAAGCAAACAAGUAACCUGAUACCACCAACCACACCAGAACCGACAACCACACCAGAAACUGUGUGGACUAAGACAAUUGACAUCCUUGCACGACGAUCACUACCAAUCUGCAAACCUCAAAUAUACGGAGGAGACCCAAUUAUGUUUUUAACCUGGCGUAGAUCAUUCAAAGCUAUGGUUAAUAAAGCUAAAAUAUGUGCGACUGACGAGCUCGCAUACCUUGCUGAAUUUACUAAGGGACCAGCUAGGAUAUUGGUAGAUCAUUAUUGCCAGAGACACACCAGCAACCCUGAUAAAGCUCUAGAAGAAGCCUGGCAAAAGCUACAAGAACAUUUCGGACAUCCAUCCGUCAUAACAAAAAGGCUCAAAGACACUCUAAACGAGAGAUCUAAAUUGGUUACAAUGACAAUGAGAAGCUAAGAGAAUUUUCGGAUCUGUGCAAAGAUAUUGCCGCACAAAUGGAUGAACUCCCUGGAUUGCACAUCCUUAACUGUGAGGAAUUCAUUAACCCAAUCAUUCGUCAGCUACCUAAGUACAUACAAAGUGGGAAAGCAAAGCUUCGAGGUAUAUCCAAGCUAACAAACACACAUUUCCACCCUUUAGUUUCUUCACCGAACUGAUAGAAUCCAUUUCAGAAAUGAAGAACAAUCCAAUGUUGAAGAUUAACGAUGUUCCGACCAAAACACUUCGUACACCAGAAAGACGACUUUCCGCACGGGUGAUUAAAACUAGCACAAAUCCGCACAUCUCUUUGCCUACCAGCGAUAAAUAUUGCCAAUUCCAUGAAAUGGACAGUCACAGCCUGUUAGAUUGCAGAUCGUUUAAGGCAGUACCUAUAGAUGAGAGGAACGACUUAAUCAAGCGUUGGAACCUAUGCUUUCGUUGUUGUUUGGGGUCCUAUAGAGCAAGAGACUGCUCUACAGAAACCAAAUGUGAGAAAUGUGGUAGCUCUAAGCACAUCUCGCUGCUAUGUAGAAACAGACAAGCAGAAGCCUCAAAAGGUUACAAGCACAUGUACUGCUAUAUGUGGAAAGUAUGUUAGUGGGCGCUUUUGCGCCAAGAUCGUGCUGGCAAAGGUAUAUCUCAGACAUCGCCCACACGAUUCAACCAUGGUAUAUAUUGUACUAGACGACCAGUCGAAUGCCUCACUGGUAAAAUCUGAGCUAGCAGAUCGAUUUGGACCCGAAAUUCAACCAACUAAUUACUCAUUAUCAGCAUGCAGUAAGAAGAAUGAGCCUUGCAAGGGAAGACGAAUCGCAGAUUUGAUGACAGAGUCGAAGGAUGGUAAUAUUAUGAAACUACCAACACUAAUAGAAUGCAAUAGUAUCCCCGACGAUCGGAAAUCGCUGCACGCUACGCUCACCUUGUAGAUAUUGCCGACCAAAUUCCUCAUCCCCGUGAAGAUGUUCCCAUACAAAUCCUUCUCAGCAGGGAUGCUGGUGACCUGUUAAAAAUUAGGGAGUUCAGAACCGGCCCAUCAGGAGCACCUUGGGCUCAAAGACUGGAUCUCGGAUGGACCAUAUCAGACCAAGUUUGCAUCGACAGGGUUGGUGGACGUAUCCACGUCGCGGUUCAUCGUACCAGUGUUGACCAGUCUGACCCACCUGCUAUCUCGAUGUGUACCAAUACCAUUAACAUAAAAGAAAGUUUCUCAGGCAGCAAGUUUGACGUUUUUGCUUGCGCUAGGAACGAUAACGAUCCCGGCUUUUCUAUAGAAGACCGACGACUCAUCACUAUCAUGGAACAGAUCUUACAUAAAGACGACCGUGACCCAGUUCUAGGUCGCUCCGUAACCUAAUUAGGCAUUUACAGAGUAAACCUACUAAGAAGGAACACGACUUCCAAUAUAUGGGGAAACGGCUAGAGUCCAGACAUGCGGAAGUUGUGCCUGAAAAUGACCUAAGAAAACCACAAGCCAAUACGUGGUAUUUACCACACUUCGGUGUGUACCAUCCGAAGAAACGUAAUCAAAUACGAGUUGUCUUUGAUUCAAGUUCUGUGUGCGAAGGAAUUUCAUUGAACCAACAACUGUUGACGGGACCAGAUCAAAUGAAUUCUUUUUUGGGGAUUCUAAUGCGAUUUCGCCAAGAAAGAAUAGCGGUUAUGGCGGACAUCGAGCAAAUGUUUCACUCGUUCCACGUCACUCCGGCACAUCGGGACUUUUUGCGAUUCUUUUGGUAUAAAAACAACGAUCCAGCCAAAAACAUAAUCAAGUACAGAAUGGGAGUUCACCUAUUUGGAAAUGGUCCCAGUCCUGCAGUGGCAACUUUUGGAUUGCGAAAAACAGCCGAAGACAACAAGGGAGUUUUUGGACUUACCUGCAGGAACUUUGUUUUCAACGACUUUUACGUCGACGAUGGCCUACAGUCUGUAGCCACUUCUGAAGAAGCUAUCAGUCUUUUACGCAAUACACAAGCUAUGCUAGCCACUGCCAAACUAAGAUUGCAUAAGGUGGUUUCGAACGACAUAGAUGUGAUGCAAGCUCUACCCGUAGAAGACAGAGCAAAGGCUCUCCAAUGUUUGGAUCUCCAACAAGACCCAAUCCCUGUACAAAGAUCUCUUGGAGUUUACUGGGACAUACAUAGUGAUACAUUCACCUACAAGGUAGAUCUGCAAGACAAACCCUUUACUCGAAGAGGGAUACUUUCAACUGUAAACUCAUUAUAUGACCUCUUAGGGUUCGUAGCGCCCGUAAUCAUUGAAGGGAAGUCCAUACUUCAACAGCUAACCUUAACGACCAAGGCUGGUGAGAUGGACGCUAAUUGCAUUGGAUGGGAUGAUCAACUCCCAAACCAAUUCAAGGAUCGAUGGAACUCUGGAGGGACAAGCUGAGCGACCUAGAGAAUCUCCAUGUGAACAGGUGUUACUUACCACAGGGACUCAGCAUGGCGACGAGAAUCGAACUGCAUUCAUUCUCUGAUGCUAGCACAAAAGCGAUUGACCAAGUCACAUACAUACGUACUAUCGACGAACAAGGAACACCUUACGUUUCAUUUGUCUUAGGAAAAGCCAAAGUGGCUCCGGCCAUUUUUUAGUUCCUAUGCAUGUAAUGCAAUAGGAACUAUUGUAAUCACUUUUGCUAUUUCCUAUGUUUUUUAUUGUGUGUAGUGUGUGUGUGUGUAGACAUUUAUGCAAAUGCGCAUGCGUCAAAGAAAAGUUUUCCGACAUUUUGUUUUACAUCGCGAUGCGAAGAUCGAUGAGAAGUUUCUACAGAGUUCAAUCAGGGCUCACGCUAACCGACCGGAAAGUCGGCAUGGAUGAAACUAUUUUGGUUUUACGGCAAAAAAAUCAAAUGCUGCAGGCAUAGGUAUUUUGAAGAAGGCCUAAAAUAAAAGUAA